AUGUCAACUUACACCGUCGCAGCAACACUCACGACGCAGUGGAUUUCACGUUUUGGCGUUCCUGAUGCGGUCACCACCGACCAAGGACGCCAGUUCGAAUCUGAACUUUUUACCGCCCUCACAACAAACUUCGGCAUCCAACACCUCAGGACUUCUCCCUACCACCCCCAAGCUAACGGGUUGGUGGAGAGAUUUCACCGCACGCUUAAGACCGCACUCACAGCACAGGACACCGUGAACUGGAACUUACGACUUCCCGUCGUCCUACUGGCCCUCCGGAACACGAUCAAGCCGGACAUCGGUCAUUCACCCGCCGAGAUGGUAUACGGUAUGUCACUGCGACUACCCGGCGAAUUGUUCCACCCAGCCCCGGCCGAAGCUAAGACUGCGCCUGAGCUCGUCAGAACGCUACGAGACGCUAUGACGCAACUACAGCCGACACCCGGAUCGAACCACGCAACGAAGCGAUCAAUUUUCGUACCGCCGGAUUUGAACAAAGUCACUCAUGUGUUUCUCCGUGUCGACGCAGUUCAACCGCCUUUGAAACCAAGAUACGAAGGUCCGUACGCAAUUCUACAACGUCAUGAAAAGAACUUCAAGAUUCAACGCAACAACAACUCGGUUUUGGUAUCCGUCGACCGCCUGAAGCCUGCUUUCGUUCUCAGAGAAGAUCCUACAGCCACAGACCACACCUACUCAACACACGCCGAAGUCGAGAAGCAGCCGGAAAAACGCGUACGUUUUUCCUUUCCUCCUCGGGGGGAGUAG